UUCUGUCACGUCAUAGAGUAAUGGAUCUUGAGGAGUUUAGGAAGCAUGGCUACGAUGCCGUUGAUAGGAUCUACAACUAUUAUAAGCAACUACAGGAGAAUCCUGGCGAAAUAGCCGUACAACCGAAAGUGAAACCUGGAUAUUUAAGUACUUUGGGAGACGUUCCACCUCAACAUGGCAUACCCUUUGAUAGCAUCCAAAAUGAAUUCAAAGACGUCGUUCUCAAGGGUCUAAACCAUUGGCAGCAUCCUAGUACAUUCCACUAUUUCCCAUCUAACACAUCAUUCGAGUCAAUGAUAACUGAGAUGACGAUUGCGUCAAUUAAUAAUCCUGGAUUUAGCUGGCAUAGUAAUCCGUCAUCAGAACUUGAAUUAGUAGUGAUGGAUUGGAUUGCUGGACUUUUUGGAUUUUCUGAGACAUUCUACCAUUCGAAGAACACAUCUGGUGGGGGUAUCAUACAGCCAUCGAGCUCAGAGGGUAUUCUGGUUGCCAUCAUAGCUGCACGUGAGCGCAUAUUGCGCGCUGAAAAUACACGAGAUCAAUCAAAGCUCAUCAUCUAUGCGUCCACACAGACACACUCGUCAGCUGCGAAAGCUGCUCGUGUCUUUAACCUCCAAUUGAGGAUUUUGGAUGUCGACGAAGACUUAUCACUCAGAGGCGAGACCGUUAUGAAAGCGAUAAAUGAAGAUAGACAGAAUGGAUUGGUCCCAUUUGUUGUGAUUGCUACUAUCGGUACUACAUCGACUGGUGCAAUUGAUAAGAUUGACGAGAUUGGCAGAGUUUGUCAGUCAGAGUCACUCUACUUGCACAUAGACUCGGCAUGGGCGGGCACACAUCUUGCAUGUCCUGAGCUGCGCGAUGAGUUAAUGCUAGAUGGCAUCAACGAGUUCGCUGACUCUAUCAAUAUUGGUAUGCAUAAGAUGGGUCUCGUUAGUAUGUCUACAGUUGUUAUGUUUGUUAGAGAUAUCAAGUCGGUUACCGAUGCCUUGACAAUAACGCCUGCUUAUCUCAGGAACCAAAUGACAGAUUCAGGCGCUGUACUCGAUAUGAAAGAUUGCGGUAUCGGUCUAGGGAGACACUUCUCAAGUCCUAAAUUGUAUUUCAUGCUCAAAUCCUACGGUGUAGAGGGGUUCAGAGCGCAUAUAAGAAAGUCGAUAGGACUAGGUGAGAGGUUUAGACGGUACAUUGAGGCAGAUGAGGUCUUUGAAGUACUCUACAAGCCGCGUCUGUCUUUGACUGUCUUCCGUCUAGGUGGAACGGGUGAUUUAAACAGUCUGAAUAGAACAUUCUACAACAACCUUAGUAUUCAUUCCGAUAAGCUUUCAUUGACGCAUACUGUAGUCAACGGACUAUAUUGCGUGAGGUUCGUGACUGGAUGUCCACAGACGCGAGAGGUGCAUGUUGAUGAUGCUUAUAAAAUAAUUUCAGACGUCGCAAGACUGACGCUCUCUAGUGAAUUGUAAAAUUUAAAGCUAUAGAUUUCUAUGCCGUCGUUCUUUGAUUGUAGCACUCAAUUGAGUAUGGGAAUAUUCGACACUAUAAAGGGUAUCUUUGGCGGUGAUAGCAGUCAGUUGUCUUUAUAAGUGUAUUCUAUUCUCACGCUCCUUUAUACAGAACCUUCAAGCGAGGAUAAUAAGAGUGUAAUGCAGCCACCAGCAAAUGAAUUAGAGCCACCAAAAGAUACUCCAAUCACCGUCGACGAGCUCAAGGAGCAUGACGGCAGCAAUGAUAAGCCAAUCUAUGUAGCCAUCAAGGGUACAGUAUUCGAUGUAACAAAGAAGAAGGAAAUGUACGGUAGUGGUCAGUCCUACAAUAUAUUCGCCGGGGAAGGAUGGAAGCAGAGGACUUGGAAUGAGUAGUCUGAACCCGGAAGACGCGGUAUCUGAUUAUAGCACACUCUCAGAGAAAGAGCUGUCUGUACUUGACGAUUGGUACAAAUUCUUCAGCAAACGAUACAAUAUCGUCGGAAGAGUCGUAUAAAUGCUUGUAAAUUAACGAUCAUAUGACAAUAUCAAUGUCAGCUAGAAAUAUA